GAGCGAGCGUAGCGGCGCCCGUGACGUCACGCGCGUGCGAUUAUUUUGAACGGGGGUCAAGAUGGCGGAGACGAGCAGGUUAAAGCAUCGAAACCACACGGGACAGAAUUGCGCCGGUACCGAAUACACCGAAGGCGUGUCUGGGGUGGAGGAUGUUCGGCGUAAGAUGGACUCCGAUGAGCUAGAUGAUGAACCUCUGCUGGAGGAGGUGAAGGUGCCUGGUCCGGUCCAGAUCGUCAUCGCGCAUGAGGACAAUCACGAGUUUUCACUGGCUGAAGAUGUUCUGGAGAGGAUCCUCAUGCAGGAGCACGUGCGUGAUCUCAGUGUGGUGGUGGUGUCUGUGGCCGGUGCCUUCCGUAAGGGCAAAUCCUUCCUGCUGGACUUCAUGCUCAGAUACAUGUACAACCAGAGCUCAGACUCGUGGUUGGGGGGGAAUGAUGAUCCUCUGAAGGGCUUCACCUGGCGGGGCGGCUGUGAGCGAGAGACCACGGGUAUUCAGGCCUGGAGUGAAGUGUUUGUGGUGGAGAAACCUGAUGGCAGUAAGGUGGCUGUGCUGCUAUUGGACACACAGGGAGCGUUUGACAGUCAGUCCACCAUUAAAGACUGUGCUACACUCUUUGCUCUCAGCACUAUGACCAGCUCUGUGCAGGUUUAUAAUCUUUCCCAGAACGUUCAAGAAGACGACCUGCAGCAUCUUCAGCUCUUCACGGAGUACGGCAGACUCGCCAUGGAGGAGAUCUACCUGAAACCAUUCCAGUCGCUGAUGUUUCUCAUACGAGACUGGAGUUACCCUUACGAACACGCUUACGGUCUGAGCGGAGGGAAUCAGUUCCUGGAGAAGAGACUGCAGGUGAAACCGAAUCAACACGAAGAGCUGCAGAACGUCAGGAAGCACAUUCACUCCUGUUUCUCCAACAUCAGCUGCUUUCUGCUGCCUCACCCCGGCCUCAGAGUCGCCACCAACCCACACUUUGAUGGGCGGUUACGAGAUAUCGAUGAUGAGUUCAAGCGGGAGCUGGUGAAUUUGGUUCCACUGCUGUUGUCUCCAGAGAAUCUGGUGGAGAAAGAGAUCGGAGGUUCUACAGUCACGUGUCGAGAUCUCCUCCAGUAUUUUAAAGCUUACAUGAAGAUCUAUCAGGGAGAAGAGCUGCCACACCCCAAAUCAAUGCUGCAGGCGACGGCUGAAGCCAAUAAUCUGGCAGCGGUAGCGGGAGCUAAAGACACUUACAGCAGGAGCAUGGAGCAGGUGUGCGGAGGAGACAAACCCUACAUCGCCCCCGCUGACCUGGAGCGCAGUCACAGCGAGCUGAAGCAGAGCAGCGUCCGUCAGUUCCGUGCCGUCAAGAAGAUGGGCGGCGAAGACUUCUGUCGGCGCUAUCAGGAGCAGCUGGAGCAGGAGAUCGACCAGGUGUACGCCAGUUUCGUCAAACACAACGACGGAAAGAACAUUUUCUUUGCGGCACGCACGCCCGCCGCGCUCUUCGCCCUGAUGUUUGCCAUGUACGUCAUCUCUCUGGUGACGGGCUUCGUGGGUAUAAACUCUGUGGCGGCGUUGUGUAAUCUGAUGAUGGGCGUGGUGCUGGUGUCGCUCUGCACCUGGGCUUACGUCAAAUACUCGGGCGAGUUCAGAGAGGUGGGCAGCUUCAUCGACCGCGUGGCAGAAACUCUGUGGGAGCAGAGGACGCCCAGGAAGGUGUUUUCCAAACUUUUUGAAGUUGCCAGGAGUAAAGUGACGCUGGGCGCCCUGAUGCCAUCCCAGAGACAGAGACUUUCAUCAAACAACAACCUCAAGAAGAGAAACUAGCCCAUAAUACGGUCUGUGUUAGGACUGCCGUCACCUCAGAGCUGGCUCUCUCCUGACCCUUCAUCUCAUCUGUCUGCUGUCUGAGGUGGUGAACGUUCUGGACUUGAUGAAAGUGUGUGUCGGUUUACACAGACGUCACGUCAUCAACACUUUUAUACAUUUGACAGUAUUACAGCUGGAGAUCAGACGCUGAACUUCAUCGUUCCCUCCACACAGCUGAUGUGUCCUGUACAGUCUGGAUUUUGAAACUCCUCACUAAUAAGGCAUGUGUAUCAGAUAGACGUGUAUAAUGAAACAUUUUCUAUACUUUUUUUGUAGCCGGAAGAACAAAUGUUUCAUGUAGGCCACAGAUGUUUGUUUGAAACAAUGCUUUUGUGUUGAGGACAUGCGCGCACACAGAUUUUUGUGUUCUUGUCAUGUAAACAUUCCAACUUUGUCAAGCAUCAGAAUGUUCAUAAUGUCGUUUUGUUAUUCCUUUAAUUUAUUUUUCAAUUUGAUUCAAAGGAAUCUCUAGAUAUGAUUUUUUUUCUUUGUUCAUGAUUCACAGCAGCGUUAAUGUAAUGAUGUUUAUGAAACAGGGCUGUUCAUGUCAAUGUACUGUAACAUGUUUAUUUGAUGUAACUCAACAUCUGUAGAUUUGUGAUCAAGGUUUUUCUCAUCAUCUUCAGCUAUUUUCAACUUAAAGAAUCACUUUGUUUUCAUCACUGGAGUUUUUGCCCAACCCCACGUAUGCAGAAAGACUGGCGAUGUUGAAAUAUGGAAAUAAUAAUAUCUGUGUCUCGUGUGAUCAUUGACACACGUUGAUCUGCAGCCGUGUGUAACUUGAAAACAUCUCUACUGAAACAAAUAAAUGAUUCUCAUGCAGGGCCUGAAAUGAAUCUAUUCAUUGGUCUUUCUCUUCUUUUUUUCAUGAUUUUCUGUUGUUUUGAUGUGCCGUUUGUCCUUUUUUAUCAUCUCUGUUUUUGUGAGUAAUAAAAAGAGCGACAGACUUUCUA